GAGCCAGAGGAGGAGGAGGAGGAGGAGGAGCGAGCGCCAUGCUGACUGUGGGCGAGGAGGCCUUCCAGAGGCUCAAACGUCAUGCAGAAAGGUGGCCAUUUUGGAGAAGGGCAGGAAACGAAGGCAGGGGGUUGCCUCCGUGCCGAGGCGUGGCCGCCGUUCUCCAACCUGGGGAGGGAAACAAAAGGGAGGCGGGCGGCGGCAGUGAGGACUCGCGCUCUCCUCCACGGAGCGGGUUGCCGUCGUUCUCCGCCAUGUGGUGCCCAGCCACCCGCCCGCGCUUCGUCCCGAUGCUGCAGCUGCUGCUGCUCCUUCUGGCCAAUGGGGAGCUGCAGGGCGACGCCGAGGCGGCCGAGCGAGCCACGCUGCUGAGCCCUUUCUUCGGCACCAAAUCCCGCUACGAAGAGCUGCACCCGUACCUUCUCCGGGACCCUCUGUCGCUCGGGCCGCCGCUCUCGGGCUUCCCGCUGCCGCCGGCUUCCUGCACCCCGCUUCAGCUGAGCGCCGUGAUGCGCCACGGCACGCGCUUCCCCACCCGCAAGCAGAUCGAGAAACUGGCGAGCCUGCACGGCCUCCUACGGGGCGGCGGCGGCGGCAAGCGCUGCUCGGUGGCGGAGCGCCUGGCGCGAUGGGAGAUGUGGUACCAGCCGAGCAUGGACGGGAAGCUGGCCCCCAAAGGCUUCAGCGACAUGGGGAUGCUGGCCAAGCGUCUGGCCUCCCGCUUCCCCAGCCUCCUGGCUCCCGGUCGGCGCCUGGCCUUCACCAGCAGCUCCAAGCACCGGUGCGUGGAUAGCAGCAAAGCCUUCCGCGAAGGGCUCCGCGAGGCGCUGAUGAGCGGCGGCGGGAAAAACGUUACAUUGACAGAAACAUUUGAAAUCAAUGAUAAAUUGAUGAGAUUUUUUGAUCACUGUGAAAAAUUUGUACGAGACGUUGAAGACAACGACACAGCCAUGCAUGAGGUUGACGCCUUUAAGGAAAGCCCUGAGAUGAUGAAGGUAGUGAAUAAAACCACACAUACUUUGUGUCUACCAGCGGAAGACUUAAAUGCAGAUCUGGUUCAAGUGGCAUUUUUUACUUGCUCCUUUGGACUAAGUAUAAAAAACAUUAGCUCCCCCUGGUGUUCACUGUUCAACAAAGAAGAUGCCAAGGCACUUGAAUAUCUGAAUGAUCUCAAACAAUAUUGGAAGAGAGCCUAUGGAUAUAAUAUUAACAGUCAGUCCAGCUGCAUACUUCUCCAAGAUAUCUUCAAAAAUUUGGACAAGGCAGUUUCAGAGAGUAAAAGGUCAAAACCUAUUUCUUCGCCGGUGAUCAUCCAAUUUGGACAUGCAGAGACUCUUCAGCCACUUCUCUCACUCAUGGGCUAUUUUAAAGACAAAGUGCCUCUUAAUGCCAGAAACUAUCGCAGUCAGUCGAAACGCAAGUUCCGUAGUGGUCGUAUCGUCCCUUAUGCUGCCAACUUGUUGUUUGUGCUUUAUCAUUGUGAUCAAGCUAGGUCUCCUAAAGACGAGUAUAAGGUUCAGAUUCUUCUCAACGAGAAGCUCCUGCCUUUCACGUACUCGGGGAAAACAGUUUCUUUGUACACCAAACUGAAAAACCAUUAUAAAUAUUCCCUUCAGAAUUGUGAGUUUGCCAAAGUGUGCAGUAUCAAGAAAAAUGGUACUAGCAUUAAAUUGUUAUAAAGAGACAUCGUUAAAAAAAAAGAAGAUCAAUGUUUCGGCGUGUGCAUAUUUUUGGCAAAUGGUAAUAUUUUUGCUUUUGCUGUGAAGACUGGUGCACUGCUGAUACUGCAGUGUUUAAAAAAAGUCCUUAAAUGUAUAUUUGCAAUUUUUAAUGGUGGCAUCAAACCUGAAGCCUGAAAGAAAGAAAGGCAUACCGGAUAUUUCCAAAGCUUGAAACAAACUGACACUCUAUUCAUGAAAAAUAACUCUCUCUCUCUCUCUCUCCCCUGUUCCUAAAUCAGGAAUGAUUGAAAAGUAAUGAUGUGCUGUUCCACAUUCAGCUUACUCCAUUGUGCUGGCUGUGGUCUACUGUGAAUAGUUCCAGAGUUAAUGAUAAUGAAAAAUGGUUGCUGGUACUUUGUAAAAAGAAAAAAAGGUGGAUUUCAGCAAGUAUUUCUUACUUUCGAUUCAAAAAAGAAAAAAAGGUGGAUUUCAACAAGUAUUUCUUACUUUCGAUUCCAAGGGACAUUCACAUAUUCCUGUUAAUCUCAGGGGACUUUUGAGGCCAUGUGAAUUGCCUAAAUAUUUAUUUCUCUGUAUUCCGUUUCAAAGUUUUAGCAUACAUUUGGGCAGCCCAGGGGUAAGUGACCACCUUCCAUAAUACAGUCGUUUAUUUUUAAUGGUAGACUUUGUCCAGUAAUAAUGUUCAUCUUCUAGGACCAGAAAAAGAAGACUUGUGAACUUGCCAUUUGGACAAAGGCCAUUCCAGUUUCAGUAUUUAACUAUUUCAAUUGUCUUCUUCUGUAUUCAUGUUGAAGGUGAAGAAUUAGUGGAUUUUAUUCCAGAUUCAAAAAGAUAAAGUUAGUCUGUACAGCAGGUGAUUUAAAAAAAAACAACCAUGAAAAAUGGCCUGAAAUUUAAUCCAUUUUGGGUGUGAAAGAGACGACUUACAGUGGGAAUGAGAAAUGUCUACCAUUCUAACUCCGAAACAUCUCUUCAAACACCAAAAACAACAUCAAACGUUUGAAAUAAAAGCCCAUUUUGCUCCCGUAUCUCUGCAUUUCAACUUCAUAAUGUUAGGGAGACAAAUACAAGUUAUUAAGACUGCCUCCAGUACGAAGGUGAUUAGCUGCCAACUCCUGUUUAGAGAGAAGGUUAUAUUGCAUGUUAUAAAGACAGUAUAUAGUGCUUUUGUGAAAAUUUUCAUUAAUCUUUAAAAGAUAUAUAUAUAUAUAUAUUCUGAUUGUGUAAAUCAGUAUUUUUCAAACUUGACAACUUUAAAAUGAGUGGGUUUCAAUUUCCUGAAUUCCCCAGCCAGCAUGCUGGAUUCAUUUUAUCAAGAAAAUAUUUUUAGAUUCUUUCUUUUAAAAAAUCAUUUGGGAACAACAGUUGCUACCUUAAAAUUUUGCAUUUAAGAGACGCAGCUACGGUAUGUAUAUAAGAUCAGAUACUGAAGUAAGAGGUUUCAUGCUUAAGCAGAAAUCUGAUUAGAGUUCAUUUUAAAUCACCUUAUAUGUCUUAACAAAAGCAAUUUGAAUUAAAUAUACUAAAUUAGAAUUACAAUAGAGUUUGAAGAAAGGGAUUUUAAACUUUCUUUUAGAGAUUAGGCUUUUAAUGGAAGUAAUUAAAGGAUCGAGUCUGUAAUGAUGGCUCUAGUGAUCAAGAUGAAAGGGAAGAGAAAAUGAUGACUAGCAAGGUAGACUAAGGAGUGAUGAGUGCACUGCUGAAAAAUUGGAAGAAUCGGGUUGGGGAAAAAAACUUAUUUCUGUGGUUGCUAAGAAUUGACACUAACUUAAAGGAACAUUUAUCAAGAACUCUGUUUGAGAAUAUCAAUCAUUAAACCUACUAGUACAAUUAAAAUCAUUAUUAUAGGCAAAAGACUCAUAGCUGCCUUGAUUUUAGAACAUUCCAUUGCUUUUGUGAUCUUUCAUUAAGUGGAAUAUAGCAUGUUUGUUAAAUAUGUUACUGAAUGUAAACUGGAUAAGGCUUUAAGAGAUGUAUAGUACUUGCAAUUCAGGUUUUCAUUUUGCAAGCCCUUGUUAAACAGAUAACUCAUCAUAUGACUCUUGUCAUUUGACAGUAUAUUUAUCUUAGUAUACUAAAGUCUUUUAUGUUGAGGUUUAACAAUGUGAGGGAAAUGUUAUGAUGGAUCAAGAAGUUCAAGUUCAAAUAACAUUGCGAAGUAGUUAUGCAGGUUAAAUUCAAACAAGUUUAAUUACAAUUUUCUGCUUGAUCUGCUUCGUGUGGGAAUUUGAUGCAGAUUAAAGGUGAACAUGGAUUCCAGGACGCACAUUGGCAAUAAAAAAAGGUAGAGUGUGGAAAGAAAGGAGAUUUCAUGCAGAGAGGAGGACUUAAGUGAAUUGGAGGGGGGGGGGAGGAAGCAGAUGCCUCCCAUUGACUAAGUCCUGCAUGAAAUCUCCUAUUUCCAUUUACUCAUGAAAAAUAAGCUCAGUUGAGGAUAAUUAUUGAUUACGGAGAAAGGACUUCCUUUUGUGCUUGGAGUUGCAUUUUGUCCCUUCUCUCUUUAUUCCUCUUUGGUGACAGUUUUUACAGCUGUUGAAUUUGCAGUGUUAUGAAAAACAAAGCCUUGAUAGAAAAUACAUUUUAAAAAACUAUGUCUAGAUUUAUUCCAUUUAGAGUGCUUUAGCAAAGGCAUUAUGUUACAUUAUUUCUGCUUUAUAAAUAUUCCUUUAAGGGACAGGAAGAGAGUAACACCUAAAAUGUUUCCCGACUAACUUUGCAUUGUUUAAAUCAAAUAUGGGUCUGAAAAAAAGGAGACUCAACCCAGUGUGAAGUAUGUAGCACGAAGUGCUUCUCUUUUUAUUCUCUAAAUAUAGAACAUUUUAGCAUUGCUUUAAACAGGUCUAGAUGGCCACAGGUUGUUUUCAAGGUUUUUGAAAUGUUAUUGAAAUUCUUUCCCCACAACUAAGAACAGCUUGUCCUUGUCAGAUGGAAUUGUUCUGAAAGCAUACUUCAUCAGUUUCACUUAAAAACAAAAUCUUAGAGAUCAUCAAAGAAGAGGGAGUCAAACUAUUCUCCAAAGCACCUGAGGGCAGGACAAGAAGCAAUGGGUGGAAGCUGUAAUCAAGGAGAGAAGCAACUUAGAACUAAGGAGAAAUUUUCUGACAGAACAAUUAAUCAGUGGAACAACUUGCCUCCAGAAGUUGUGAAUGCUCCAACGCUGGAAGUUUUUAAGAAGUUGUUGGAUAACCAUUUGUCUGAAGUGGUGUAGGGUUUCCUGCCUAAGCAGGAGGUUGGACUAGAAAACAUCCAAGGUCCCUUCCAACUCUAUUAUUCUAUUCUAUUUUAUCCAUUUAAUGUUCGUGACAACUUGUGUAACAGUCCCUUUUCAUCAUGAUGAAAAUGUUUAGUUAAGAUAGAUUACUGUAGACUGUUGGAAGACCUGAAGGGCCAAGUUGGACACAGAUCAAACUGGAAAAGGUUUAAAGUAUCUGUGGUCACUAAGAGCCAACACUGAUUUGUUGACAUAUAAGCAAAUGUUGGUCAUAAGAGUUAACUUCUCUAUAAAAAUGGAUCAUGUGUUUAAAACAAGGAAGAGCUAUAGAGAUCUGAUUCAGUUGAUGACUAACAAACCACAAAGAAUGGCUGGAGAAUCUCCUGGAGCAAGAGAAGCAUUUCUGUAGCAGGAAAAAAAAAUUUCAGUCCUUCUAUGCUUUGUGGAAAUGCAAAGUAGGGACUUGAAAGCAAUCAAUACAUAUUUGAAUGAGAAAGUAGCUAAUGAAACUAUGAGAAAGUUCAAAUUUCUUUCACAAUAAUAAAUCCCAAUAUAGACGGGAGAGACUAGGGCCAAAUUAUGUACUUCUACCCUGUUUCCCCCAAAAUAAGACAUCCCCUGAUAAUAAACCCAAUCUGGCUUUUGAGCGCAUGGCAAUAAGGCCAAGCGCUUAUUUCAGGGUUCAAAAAAAUAUAAGGGUCUUAUUUUCAGGAAAACGGUAGGUCAGCAGGAGCUGGACUGAAUGACGGGAGCUCGCCCCACCAUUCGGCAGCACUCGGGUUGUCUUAGGCUAGCAAACUGAGUAUUGAGGUGGGGUUAACUGAUGGACCAUAUGCAAUAAUGAAAACAGAUCUGACUGUUUAAAAAAAGUAUUUCUCAAACUUGGGCCAAGUUUUAAGAUGUAUGGAAUUCCCCAACCAGUAAGAACAAAGAAAUGUUGGACAGUUCUGUUUCUAUUGGGCCAUUAAUUCUCCUUCCUACAACCGGUGAGAGCUGCAAUUUGAACAUCUCUAAAGCUGAAUAAGUUCCUCUCUUCUGGAGGGUGCCAAUGUUGGAAAGGCACCGAAGACAGUGAACCCAGAUUUGUGAUGUUCUCUCACCACCACUUUUAGGAGGUAAGCAGAAAGCAACAUAGGUUUUUCCCUUAGUAAAACUUCUUCAGUCAUUCCGUUCUUUUUUAUCUACCUCCUGCUAUUUCCUUGUUAAAGGAGAAAAAAAAGUCUGCAAAAAUGUUUAGCAUUAGGUUCAACAGCAUCCUGGGUUUUUAUUUCAAACUCAGGAAGUGUCUGAUUUGGUUUUAAAAAGGAACACAAAUUCUCAACUGAUAUGAUUACUGUUUUCCCGAAAAUAAGACCCCGUCUUAUAUUUUUUUGAACCCUGAAAUAAGCGCUCUGCCUUAUUGCCAUGCCCUCAAAAGCCCGAUUGGGCAUAUUAGGGGAUGUCUUAUUUUGGGGGAAACAAGAUAGAAAAGAAACUAUUACCUUAAACACCACAAACAAUAUACAGAUUAAUGACAUGAUGGAAGCAUGAAAUGGUGACUACAGCUACCAGAAACAUAACAUUCAGUUAGCAAAUUACAGUACCGCUACUGAUACAUUGUGGGAUGUGCAUUCAUUGGAUGAACAAUGUUUUCUGCAUAUCUAACUAAUCCACACAACAUGGGAAUUUAGUGUGCAGUAAUCAUGACAUAGCAAUUCAGUUUUUCCUGUAAGUAUUCCAGUUUAACAUUUUUAUUGAGUUAUAAAAUAAAAUAAGAUACAAAAUACAAAAGUAAAUAGAAGAACGAUGGGGAGGAAGAGGGGGAAGAGAAGUGAGGAAAGGUAGGAUUUUUUUUUUACUUCUGACUCAAUGCUGCAGUAAAAGAAGGCAUUAACAUAACUUUGUUUUUUCAUAAUAAUAUGAAUAAGCCAUUUCUAUAAAGAUCUAUCAACCUAAUUGGUAAAACCCAAGAUCAAAGUUUCAUUCUUUUGCACUUCAAGCACAAAGUUCAGAAGCGGUCUCCAUGUGGAAACAAAAGUAUUUAUAUUCUUUUCUUUGAUCAAAAUAAUCAAUUUUGCAAUUCCAGCCAAUUCCAUCAACUUCUGCAACCAUUCCUCCAUGGUAGGAAUCGAAGUGUCCUUCAAUUUUUGUGCAUACAAUAGUCUUGCUGCUGUCAACAUAUAUAGUAAAUUUCCAAAGUUUUUUCUGUAAAUAUUGAGUCAGUUCUCACUUAUGGCAGGAACGAAGGACUAAUGCCCAAUAUCUUCGUUAACCACCAUUAUGUUGUGGCCCGCCAGCGGCCAGCAGAGCUGGCAGCAGAUUCGGACAGUGAGGAGGUCGGGGAGGAAUGUGGGCCAGUCCUGGAGUCUGGGGAAGGCUCAGACGAUGGCUCUGAGGCUGAGGCAGAGGGGGCCAAGGCCAUCUGGUAGUUCUUUGCUGCCCCUGGAGUCUCCGGAGUCUAACAUCAGCGAGGCAAAAGAACAGCGUAAGCCUGUUCCCAGUGUGUGCAUACUCAGAGCUGCCAGGAGACAAGAACAAUUAAGAAAUAGGGUCGACUUGGGAGUAAGGCUUGGAGUUGAUUGGCCCCUUCCAUAAGACAUAAAAGAAGCAAUGGGACAUGAGCUUUUGCAGGAAGCAAUUAGUUCAUCUGGCCGAUUCAAGAUUUGAAAAUUCUGUUUGUGACUCUGUGCCAAGUUUGGCCUUGCCCUGCAUCUGGAAAUUAACUCUUUGGCAGUAUUCCACAUGAGAUAGGUGGGUGUUGAUAACCUUCCUCUGAAAGACUGUUUAUCAAGCCUUGCGGACUGUAAAUGAAAGUAAUUUACAGCCAUAUGAAUUAAGGAGGUUUGCCGGGACUAAGUUUGUGCAGUUUAAUUUCUAAGGAAGCCUAGGUCAGAACACAUUCCUGUAACUUUGUCUUGCACUUUUAUAACUACUUCAAACUCUUCUGAGAUUUUUUUAAAAAUAUUUUUAAAAUCACUAGGUAUAAUUUAAUUUGCCAGACUUCCAAACUUCUGGUUUAGCAACAUCCAAAGGACCCCAAGUUACUCACCUUUGACAUAUUGUCUGUUAAGCUUCUUGGAACAUUAAAGUUUCUCAAAAAGCAAUAUAA